AUGGCUGAAGAAAGUCAUCCAACGCAUUUGUCUCCUAGUGAGCUCGGCACGAAGGACUACUGGGAAACCUUCUACGCACGAACCCUCGCGCAUCUCUCUACGAAACAAACUCCCUCUUCUACUACUGCCGCUGCGAAAUCGUCUCGUCUACCGCAGACAAACCCAACCUCUGACUCCGACGAUGAGGAGGACGACGAAGACUCAGAAGAUGAAAUAGACGACGACUCCGACCCCGGCACAUCCUGGUUCUCAGAACAUAACGCGCCCGAUAAAGUGCUGCAGUUCUUGACAGAUGAGGGAUUUCCGCUUGCCCCUUGUCACACUCGGAAGAGAGGUUCUCGUGGUGGUGGUGGUGGUGGUAGACAGGGCGAUGGAGACGGGCAGGAUGAGCAGCAGCCGUGUAUCCUGGACCUAGGCACGGGCAACGGAAGCAUGUUAGCCCUGUUGCGCAAAAAGGGGAAGUUCGAGGGCGAGAUGGUCGGGGUGGAUUAUUCGCCGAGGAGUGUGGAGUUGGCGAGGGAGUUGCAGAGGUUGAGGAUUCAUUCGGCGUAUUUGUCGGAUUCGGAUUCCGAUGGUGAUUUUUCGGAUGAUGAAGAAGAAGCUGGAGCUGGAGCUGGAGCUGAAGGGGAAGGGGAAGAUGGGAAUGAGAAUGGGGUAGUGAAAGGCGACGCGGACAAAGAUACCAACAUCCGCUUCGAAGAAUGGGAUAUCCUCUCCUCGACGGAUGCGUUGUCUGGCUCUGGCGACGGCGAGAGACGGCUCGAUUGGUUCCCCUAUGCCAAAGGCGGGUUCGAUAUCGUGUUGGAUAAGGGCACGUUUGAUGCGGUGUCGUUGUCUGAUGAGACGGUCGAAAGCACAGAACCCUUGGUCUCGAAGACGACCGGGUCUGGGACGAAGAAGAUCCAGAAACGCGUCUGUGAGCGAUACCCGGAUAUUGCGAGGCGGUUGGUGCGCAAGGGUGGGUUUUUGGUGGUGACGAGUUGUAAUUGGACCGAGGAGGAGCUGGUGCAGUGGUUUACUCGCUCGGAGGGUGGUGAAGCUGAGGAUAAAUUGCAGGUCUGGGGGAGGGUGGAAUAUCCGCGGUUUAGGUUUGGGGGGAAGGAAGGGCAGGGGGUGUGUACGGUUUGUUUUCAGAGGGUUUGA